AUGCGCUGCAGAUGGUGCCAAACCGGUGUUGAUACCAUUAGCUCCCACAACCAGAAAUAUCAUACACAAUUCCCCAGAUUUAAGGUGACCCAAUCAAGAAGGCCGGCAACAAAGCAGCCGGAUGCCAAAGCAACAUCUGAAGAAGAAGAAGGCAAGAGUGAUUAUGGAGGGAGCAUUGAUUUAGAGAAAACAGAUGGCAACAAUGUUGUCAAGGAUGACGAUGAGGAUGAUGAUGAAGAAGAAAGUGGGGACACAGAAAUGAAAGUUGGGGGAAGUGGUAGCCAAAAUUUUGAUGAAACUACAAGGAGUAUGACAAAAACAAGGAGGAAAUGGACAUCAAGCAUUAUGGAAAGGGGAAUUAUACCAGAGGCCUUAAUGACCAAGAUAAUAUUAUUGCUAUUUUCUUUGGGCAUUAAUAAAAACACGCGGUAA